AUGUUAAAUUUGACAAAGCUGGAAUUCAUAGUCGUGGAUAUUUCUGGCAAAAAUUAUUUAUCUUGGAUUCUGGAUGCUCAGAUCCAUUUGGAUGCCAUGGGCCUUGAAGACACAGUUAAAGAAGAAAAUGAUGUAUCAUUACAAGAUAAAGCAAAGGUUAUGAUUUUCCUCCGACACCAUAUUAGCGAGGAACUAAAAACUGAAUACCUCACUGAAAGAGAUCCACUUUGUUUGUGGAACAAUUUGAAAGAAAAAUAUGAUCAUAAAAAAACAGUGAUCCUCCCAAAGGCCCCGGCUAAUUGGCAGCAACUACGGUUGCUAGAUUUUAAAAUUGUUGCUGAAUAUAACUCUGCCUUAUUUAAAAUCAGCUUUACUUUGAAAUUAUGUGGUGAUACUAUUACUGAUGAACUUUUAUUGGAAAAAACAUUCACCACAUUUUACGCCUCGAAUGUGCACUUACAACAACAAUAUCGAGAGCGUAGAUUUAAAAAAUAUUCAGAACUGAUAUCAUGUUUGCUUGUGGCAGAGCAAAAUAAUAGUCCCGUCCAACUAGAUCGACACCGAUCCUUGAAACAUAUGUUGCCUCAUCCCGUAGUCGUGGAUGCCAACGUGGAUGUGGUCGUGGUGGUAUAA